GUUCUCAAUUGACUUGACUAGUUGACUUUGAUGUAACAGAGGUAUCAUACCCUUGCGGGAAAUGAAUACGUAGCUAUUGCUUGUAUUUAAAUUCAGAAGGCAGACAAAUAGCAGAGGUAAAAUAUUAUACAAAAUAAGCUUAAAUAUGACAUCCUCAUCCUCUGUUCUAAAUGCUUACUUUGUGGCAACAGUUGUAUGGGUUAUUGUUCUUACAGUAACUUCGAUGAUGUUAGGAGCAGCAGAGUGGCAAGAUUCAGAAGCUCAGGCAUUGUUGGAGAGUGGGUGGUGGAAUUGCUAUGUCAACAACACUGUAAAUCAUUGUAGCUGGCCUGGUGUAACAUGCAACUACGAUGGAAGCGUCAUCGAGAUUAGACUUCCAUAUUAUUUUCAAGGGGAAGUAAUAUUUACAAAGAUGAACUUUUCUGCCUUCCCCAAUCUUAUUCGGCUUGAUCUUAGUUACCAAGGGUGUAGCGGGAGCAUCCCUCCUGGUUUAGGUCAUCUGACCAAACUUAGAAAACUGUAUCUUAAUGGAAACCAACUCAGUGGAUCCAUUCCAACAGAAAUUGGGAAGCUACAUAAUUUGGUUACUUUGGACCUUUCUAGCAACUUUCUUUCAGGUUCCAUCCCUCAAGAAUUUGGAGACAUGAAGAACCUCAGCUUUCUAUGCAUAGAUACAAACCAACUUAGUGGUUCUAUCCCCUCCCAAAUAGGAAACAUGAAGAGUCUCAUCUACCUAAAUAUGGAGCAAAACCAAAUUCUUGGUCCCCUACCUCCGACUUUGGGUCUUUUACACAAGUUGAAGCACUUCAAUAUUGGGGCAAAUCAAAUCUAUGGUUCCAUCCCCUUGGAAAUUGGGAAUUUAAAGAAUUUACAGACCUUGGAUCUUAGCCACAAUAGUCUUACAGAUUCAAUUCCUCCCGCUUUGCGUCAUCUAACUAGUCUGACCUACUUGUAUCUUGAUUCAAAUCUUCUAGGAUCCAUCCCUUUUCAGCUUGGGAAUUGCUUCAAUUUAAUGGAGUUAUCAUUGAGCAACAACAACAUUAAUGGAGGCAUCCCUCUUGAGAUUGGCAAUCUCUUUCGUCUCUCACUAAUUGAUAUUAGCCACAAUUUCAUCAGUGGAGAGAUACCUCGUCAACUUGGGAAUUUAUUUUACUUGGAGGCCUUAGAUCUUAGUUACAAUAACCUCUCAGGCCAAAUCCCAAUUGAAUUGCUUCAUUUUCCAAAGAGGUCUUUCAUAGGAAAUAAGGGAUUAUAUGAUCACCCUCUUAGGAACAAAGUGUUGAGAAGAGUACAUAGGGGUAAAAGUAGGGAAGCAUAUCCAAGUCCAACAAAAAAUGGGGAUAUAUUCUCAAUAUGGAACUUUGAUGGAAGGAUCGCAUAUGAAGAUGUCAUUGAAGCAACUGAGGAUUUUGACAUCAAAUAUUGCAUUGGCACUGGUGGCUAUGGCAGUGUUUAUAAAGCACAAUUGCCGAGUGGCCAAGUAGUUGCUUUAAAGAAAUUGCAUAAAAGGGAAGCAGAGGAGCCAGCAUUUGAUAAGAGUUUCAGGAAUGAGGUUAAGAUAAAUGAUGCUGAAGCUGUGGAUCUGGAUUGGAACCUAAGAGUGAAUGUCAUAAAAAACAUAGCGCAUGCUUUGUCUUACCUUCACCAUGAUUGCAUCCCACCCAUCAUUCAUCGGGACAUAUCAAGCAACAACAUUCUAUUGAACUCAAAACAGGAGGCUUUUGUUGCUGAUUUUGGAAAUUCUAGAUUUUUGGAUCUUGAUUCAUCCAAUUAUACUGUACUUGCUGGCACCUAUGGUUAUAUUGCCCCAGAGCUUGCCUAUACAAUUGUUGUGACUGAGAAGUGUGAUGUUUAUAGCUUUGGAGUUGUGGCAUUAGAAGUAUUGAUGGGAAGACAUCCUGGGGAACUAUUAACAUCAUUGUCAUCAUCACCAUCUUCUUUGCAAAAUGUGAUGCUAAGUGACAUAUUAGAUACACGUCUAUCACCUCCAAGAAGCAGAAAUCUGAUGAAGAAUAUUUUGGUUGCUACUACACUUGCAUUGGCUUGCUUGCGCGGAAAACCCAAGUCUAGGCCAACAAUGAAAUUUGUGUCUCAACAGUUUGUUGCUCACCAAACACCACUCAAGAAGCCUUUUCCAUCUAUUUCUCUAUUGGAACUUGUGAAUAGUGAAUUGAAGAUGGAAAAUGAAAUAGAAUCUCUACCAAAACUUUCAAGUCAUCCGGCCAAAUAUCAUGAUUCGUCCUUAAACGAAAUCCUUGAUGUAUAAUUUUGAGAAUCAAAUGGCUACCUUGUUUUGACGAGAGAUUGUCAAUAAAAACAACUUGUUCCUCAUUUAGUUAAUAAAUGGAGUACCCUGCA